AUGAGUGAAACUUUAUUCUUUGUAUGCCCAUCAUGCCAUUCAUUAUCUGCCAUGGAUACUACGUUGACAGAUGAUGGCAUUGUGAACAAAUUGGGAUCAGUAAUUAACCUCUCUGAUCAAAGUCAAUCGAUGUUAAUGAAAGAACUUUAUGAACUUAACAAGCAAUCAGGAAAUGAAGAGCCAAGAAGACAUUUGAUAUGUGUUAAGUGCAUAGAUAAAUUCCUUGCUUACUUUAAAAAUACAAAUGAACUUUUCCAAAAAUUUGAUGUUCAAGGGAAAUCAUUAGAUAACAUCCAUUUUCUUAUACCAGAUCAAGAACCUCAAGAAGAGCCUAAAAAACCAAUCAGAAAAAUAAGCGAUUCCGAAAAUCAAAUUAUUCCGCAGACUUCUCCUAAAAAACAAGCAAAUCCAUCGCAACCAGAUCCAUCAAGAUGCUUCACAAUACACACUGUUUUCAGUAUUUCUUUUGAUGGACAAUACGGAACAAUAAAUUCCUGCAGAGUUGGUUCUCUGAAAUCAAUUCCCGUACCACUAGCAGAAAUACAAACAGGAUUACUAUUGAUCUGCAAGUAUCUCAAGAUAUUACUUCAGAAAUCAAUGAUUGAUUCGAGUGAUUUGAUUAUUGACUCAAAAAUUAUACUUAUUGUGAAUGGAAAACAGCAUGAAUUACUUUAUCCUGAGAAAAAAGCAAAUGUUCCUGAGUUUAAUAUUGCUCUUUCAAGAAUGAUGUUUUUAUUUGAACAAUUGUUUAGCGUUUUAUCUAAAAGAGCUAUAUCUCCACCACAUAGAAUUGAUUCCUCAAAAGAAACAAUCAAUUUGGUCAGUUACGCGCUAAAUCUUAAUGAUCCGUUUAAUUUCGUCCUUUCAAUGAAGAGACUCUUAGUCAAUUUGAAAUCUGUGCAAAUGCUCGAGACAUUUAUUUGA